UUACAACAUAAAAAGUUUGAAUUCAAAUUCCAAUUGGUCUAACAAAACUUAACGAAGGGAAAUUCUCUCUAAAGGACAUGUGUUCAGUUUUCCAUAUUGUCUACGGUGGCGAUGUCCUGGGAUACUUUCUUCUUAUUCGCAUGUGUAGACCAAAUCAACCCCUGUUUCCUUGUGCCGUGUGCCAUCAUAGUUAGAUAAAGAAACCAGCCGUCAAAUGUUGUCAUUUCAAUAAAAUAAAAGAAAUAAAAAAAAAAACAUACAUAUCUGGAAAAGCAUUCGUAAUGCUCAGCUGUACCGUGCAAUCAGUACUAAAGUUACGGCAAAACCAAAUACACACCACGCAUCGCGAAACGUAAACAUUAAAAUACAUUUUCCAUUCUCCUAAUCUAUAGAUACAGUUUUUGAAAUAACAUUUAUUUUUAUUUCGCUGCUUGUUUAAAUUAAAUUAAUCAUAUCCGAGAGUGAAAUUUGAAAAGGAAACCCCUGAUAACUCCGGGGUUAUAGCAAAGAAAUUGUGCGGGCGAAGCGAAGGAUUAUUGAAUUUUCCAAAAUAUUUCCUUGGAAAAUUCGAAGAGAAGAACAAAAGUUUUGUGUGAAUUUUUCUUUUCCAUAUUUUUGAUAAAAAGAAAUCCCUAAUUUGUACCACACAUCGGAAGGAGAGAGAAAAACUAAAAUUCGGAAAAUCCUUUAAUUUUCUUAUUUAAAUAAAUGUUUUGAAACUACCUCGGAGGGAAAAGUUGUUAUUGAAAUGCUCCACAACCAUUGCUAGUUCAAUUUAAAUAUGCGACGUCUAAAGAUCUCGCUGAAGAAAUACUUUUUCUUAACAUCGUUCUUUGCGUUAUUAUUGAUUUUUGGAUUCAAUUUUAAAGAUCGUGAAGUUUGGAAGCCAAAAGCAUCAUCGUCAGCACAAAUCUACCAACUUGAUACAACCGAAGCUGAAAACGAGGGUCAUCAUCAUGCAGCCGCUGCCGGUGUCGGCGGCGGCACCCCCGAUUUGGAAAAUUCAAUAUUUGAAGCAACUGAAACUGUGCAAUCAUCCUUUGCCAAUAGCAAUCAACAGAAUUAUGAGAGUGAGCAACAAGUUGACCAGCAGAAGUUGAGCGGGAGUGAUCGAACUUCGAAGGCGUGGUUCUUCAAGAAUGGAGACAGAUAUCCGAUGCCGUGGCAGCAGACGAAGGGUAAAUGGAAGGUUCCGAGAUUAUUGCCACACGCUGAUAAGCACAGCGACCGAAUAAUGAAUCAAUUAAUGUUUGUGCCACAGAAUUAUGAGCAAAUUCAAGAAAGUGGACAGAUGAAACAGAUCCUUCUGUACAAUGGAUUGGGGCCGUGGAAUAUUAAAAAUGGAAGAGAUGUAUUCUUUAAAUCGAAAUGUCCAGUUGAUACUUGUGAGAUAACUGCAAAUAGGGACAAAGCCAGUACAGCUGAUCUGGUGCUGUACAAGGAUCAUUACAUUCCAACAGGUGUUCGAAGGCCACCGAAACAGGUUCACAUGUUGUACUACUUAGAGUGUCCCUAUCAUACGCAAAAUGUUAAAGUUCCUGACGCCGUCAAUUGGACGUCAACAUAUAGGAGAGACAGUGACAUUGUUGCACCAUAUGAGAAGUGGCAAUACUACAACAUGAACAUCCGCCAAAUCGAGCAGGAUCGUAACUAUGCCCUAAACAAAACGAAAAAAGUCGCUUGGUUCGUAUCAAAUUGUGGUGCAAGAAACGGUCGGUUGCAAUUUGCUCAUGAAUUACAAAAAUACAUCGAUGUUGACAUCUAUGGAGCCUGUGGCUCAUUUAAGUGUUCACGCAGCACAGCUGACCGAUGCUUCGACAUCCUUGACCACGACUACAAAUUCUACCUCGCCUUUGAAAAUUCCAACUGUAAGGACUACAUUACCGAGAAAUUCUUUGUGAAUGCACUCAAUCGGAAUAUUCUGCCCAUUGUUAUGGGCGCCCGUCCUGAGGAUUACGAAGUGUCUUCGCCUCAUCGGUCUUACAUUCAUGUAGACGAAUUUGCAUCGCCCAAAGAGCUGGCUGAAUAUCUCAAUAUUUUGGAUAAGGAUGAUGAAUUAUAUAAUUCAUAUUUCAAGUGGAAGGGAACAGGUGAGUUUAUAAAUACGUACUUCUGGUGCAGAGUAUGUGCAACGUUGCACGAUGAGGAGGGUUUGAAGAAGCCUCGCUGGUAUCCGGAUAUAAACGAUUGGUGGCGGGGUGCUGGAGUCUGUACAAAUGGUUCGUGGAGAAAUUUCAAAGCGCGCAAAGACAUUAUCACAGAUGAUUAGAUUUUUUUUUCUUAGUUUAGUAUAUUUUUUGGUUUGUAAUAGGAGAGAAGAUGGUUAUUUAUGUAUGUUUAGGUAUAUUAUAUAAUAUAUAUAGGUAUUCAGAUUUAUUGCAUUGCAAUAGGCUUAACAAAUUGUUUUUAGUUCGUACUGAUAUUUUAAGUUAUUCGAAAAAAGCUGUAUCUAAGCAUUUUUGGUUUUGAGGAAACUGCUUCAAAAUGUUGCGUUGGUGGGUUAAAAGCAAAACUUAUAGUCUUAAACUCUUAAAGAAAAUACACUUUCGGCAAAUGAUAGAUAAACUAAGCAUACCUUCAGCUACUUGCUUACAGUUAUUAGCGUUGUUCAAAUGUUUAGAGACAUACUUAAUAAUAUAGUUCAAUAUCUUAGAAACUGACAGGUUCAUAAAUGAAUUUCAAAUUCAAUUUAAUUCAAAAAAGGCCGACCGACGCUAAAGAGUAGAAAUUUCAUCAAUAAGAGUGGGAACAAAUAUAGUCCUGACCUAAGUUUAAUGUCAUUUUUCAUUCCAUCUCAAUAGUCAAAAAAAAUAUUAUUUGAAUCCUUUUGCAUAUUAUGUACAUUAUGUCUGUAUCAGCAAACGAACAAAUGCUACAAGUUUGAAAAAGCUGACAAAGAGUGGCCUGAUUAAAAAAUAGAAAGUAAAUCGUUUUCAAUUCAAUGUUUCCCUUUUGAAUUUGGUAUGAGAAAAGCUUAAGGUGUAAAAACUCUGAGCGGAUUAUAUGCAGAGUCUACUGACAACUAUAAGUUCUACUGAUUGCAAAUAUGUUUUUUAACAAUUUCGUGAUCUGCUCAGAGUUAAAGAAAAACGCCAAACAAUGGGCCGGUUCAGACGACAUAAGGGACUUGAAAGUUGAGCAAGUUUCUAGCAUCUGAUUGGGCAGCUGCCAAAAAAUUACCUUCCAAUUAAGGCAAAGUUAAUUAAAAGCUGACUGGAAAGUUAGUCAACAAAAUCUUCCCUAACUAUCAAGUCAAGUCUACAUCUAUCAAAAUGACAGUUGAUAGUGUUUUUUCAUUCAACUGAAAGCUAAACUUUAUUACUCUAUGAUUUAUUUAUUUUCUGCACAACUUUAUUUAAUGCUUUUUGUAUAAGGCCCAAUAGGCAGUUUCAAACGACAUAAGGGACUAUAAGGGACUUAAAAGUAAGUCAGGUUUCUGGUAUCUGAUUAAUCAGCUACCAAAACAUUACCUUCUAAGUAACUGGAAAGUUAGCGAAGAAAAAUCUCCUUUACUAUCAAGUCAAAGCUACUUCUGCCAAAAUGAAAGUUCAUUAAGUCUUUUCUUUCAAGUGGAAGCUGAACUUUAAAACUAUGAACUUAAAGUAGAGAUUUGUGAAUAAAAGUUCCGAAUUUGAAAUGCACAUAUGACAUGAAAAACUAACUAGUUGAUAUGGUCAAAUGAAGUCCCUUAUGUUGUCUAAACCUACCCACUUGAAUACGAUAUGAGAAGUAAAUUAUACUUCCAAGAUUUCCAGAUAAUUGACAGAUGGUUUCCAGGAAGGUUUUGGUUUUAAAUAACAAUAUUGUCGUUUUGUCAUUGACUUUUACUCACUUUUGCUCUUCUCCAUAUUCUUCUAGGUUUUUCAUCUCUUUUGUUUUCUUGAAUGAGUGGAUUCCAUUGCAUUACUUGUCCUGCAGUCAUUCAUUACCUUUUGGAAGCGUGUGUCUAAUGCACUGUCACUUGCACUUUCGUGUAAUUUUGUCAAUGGGUUCCUGAACUGUUAUUUUAUUGGGCCAGAUGAUCCGUAAGUUGUUUCGUAGGCAUCAAUUUUAUUUUCCAAGUGCUUAACCCGUAUAAUAAUAAUACAUAAAAGUCGUCGCUUUAUCUUCAAGCUGAGAGAGUUGUUUCUCCGAACAUUGGACAACAUCCCGAACGCAGCCUUAGAUUACACGAUAUUUUUUUCUGUUCUACCUUCAGCAGAGACAAUACUUCACAGAUACUAAAAAUUCUCCACUUUUUCUACUGGUUGUUGAGCAUUAUCCGUGUUUUCUAUAAACUGUAAAGUAGAAAAUUCCCAAGCAAUCGCAUCGGCAGUAGCCAGAUUUUUGUAUUUAAAAAUUGUUACAACUGAAAGAAGAUCUGUCCGAAUAAUAACACAAAAAAAAAACACAAAUACAAGAAAGUUUUGUAAAAACAUCUGGAAAUUGAGAUUCUAAAAAAAGAGUUAAUUGUUUAAUGAAUGCUUCAAGGACGGGGUUUGCUCGAAGGCUACUAGAUUAACAUGUAGUGUUGAAGUGAGCUUGAAGCUCGCCUUAAUCAUUUUUUAAUCUUCUUGUGCGGUGGAAACACCAAAAAGUUUUUUUUAAUCUAAACUGAGAUAAACCAAUGGUGGAAAUAUAGCAAAACUUUAUUAUCCUUUCAAUUGUUUUCUCUUGCAAAAAAAAAACAGUUAUUCCAUUUUUAUCAACAAAACUAAGUAUUAUCAACAUGAACAGAUUAAUUUUUGUCCCCAAUGGAAAAUACAUGGUUCGAAAUGCUCAACAACUCAACGAACACAGCCAUCGAGAUACAAAUGCAAUAUUAAUCGUACCAAAAUUUGAGAACGAAAUUACAUAAGGUCCGUUCGGGACUCGUAUAAAUGUCAAAAACCCAUGCGUAGUAAGAUUCUACUUUAACUUUUAUCGGUAGUAUUCAUGCUGCGGAUAUUGUUUAGUUAUUCGUUAUACUACUGUAACUAUUGAUAGAUUUUCCAACAGAACACGGAUUGUGUAUCAGAGAAGAUGAGUGGGAGAUUUCAAAACUUAACAACUUACUUUUCUUGUGUUGAUUCUCAUCGCCACGAUUUCUGCUUCCCUCUCCACCCUUGUUGUUAUUUGAUGGAGAUUUAUUGUUCUAUAAAUAUUUCAGAGUCCAACUUAUUCCUCCAUUUUCUGGCAAGGCUGCCAGCAGCACAUUGAAUUGUUGAUAAUAUGCAGCACUGUCUCACUACACUUUGGACUUCAAACGUUUCUGACAAGAUACCUGCGUUAACCUAUGACAAGUACCUUUCUGUUAUGGAAAUUAGUUAAUCCGGAAUAGUCUUCCUUCCCAAAGUAAGCCAGAAAAACUCCCUAUUGACAAUGUCAAAAUCCUUUUCAAAAUCAAUGAACAGCUGGUGAAGUGGUGAUCGAUCUUCAACUCAUUGCUCGAUGACAAUACGCAACGAGUUGGUGUGAUCAGUGCAGGAGGAUCCAAUACGAAAUCCUGCUUGCUUAGCGUCAAUUGUUGCUUCGAGGUGUUCUCUUACUCAUUCAAGGAUAGUCCUGUGCUGCUCCUAUGAGCGAUUGCAGCAAUGCAAUUUAUGAACUUGGUGCGGCUUGCACAUUCCUUCUACCUUCUAUUUUCAUCUGGUGUUGUUUUGAGCUUUGAACACCAGCGAGCUCUUUAGUUAUCCCAUAGGGGGUUGAUCUGUUGCAACUGUUUCCAGUUUCUUCUGCGUCUUGAGUCAAAAUGCUGAUGUUAUUAUUUAUCACUUUAUUAGCUCGUUUCUUUAUUAUCUUUGGGCAGUUGAUAACUAAGCUUUCAUUUGCUUCUUUCUGUAAUUUUUUUCCACGACAGCCUAAUUUUGCGGCACCUGGUAUAAAUACAUUUUGCACAGCACUGACAUUGUUUUUUUGACUCCCGUCCAGGUCUGCUGAUGGUUCUCAUUUGUUUCGAAAUUGAUCUCUGAGUUUUUGACGAGACUGCUUGGAAGAAGCAAUGCCAACUGCAUCCUUUCCCAUGAUUUUGAUCUGAGCCCUUUGAUGUUAUUGCCAACCUUAGCAUUUAAGUCUCCCAUUACCAAAAUGAUGUUUUUUUUAUAAUAAACGGGCACUCAAGGCGUUAUUACCCUUAACAUGUUUAAAGUUUAAACACAGUGCGAGCGUUAGGAAAAUAGGGAAGGAUUAAAGAGGAGAUACCGAUGCACAUUGAUCUUAAAGUUUUGAAUAUCAAAAUGAUAGAUAAAAACAGAGCUGGGUAAAGCAUUCCACAUUCUCGAUGUGCGGUUAAAAAAAGAAUCUCUAUACUUGACAGAAAUUGAGCUCAACGUUAAACUGAUGUGCAUUUCCAGAAGAACGAGUCUUACGGGUGAUUUGUUUAAGGGGUGGAAUACAACUGGCUAAUUCGACAGAACACUGUUUAUAAAAAUAUCGAUAGAACAACGAAAGGCAUGAAACAUUGCGGCGGUGUUCAAGUGACAAAAUUGUUUCGGUAAUAGUUCUAUCGCCUAUCAUUUUCAAAGCUCUUUUUUGGAUCCUGUCCAAAAUACUUAAACUUGUUUUAGGGGCACCUGCGCAAAUAUGAGAGUUAUAUUCAAGUUUUGGACGAAUGAAGGCUUUAUAAAUUACAGCCAGAUCAGAAGAGGUACAAAAUUUCUUGCACCGUCGGAGAAGUCCUAAGCACCUAGCAUAAUUUUUUGCAAUAUCGAAUAUGUGAUCAUUCCAUAAGAGGUGAUCUGUGAUAUUCAUACCGAGUACUAAAAAGUUGAUUAGUUUCCUCGAUGCAAGUGCCGCUCAUGGAUAGCGGCAUCGGGGGUAGGUUACGCUUUAAGGACAGGAGACAGCAUUGAGUUUUCGAAGCAUUAAAUUCUACAAGGUUUUUGAUUCCCCAUUGUACAAUGCUGUCGAGAUCAGAAUUUGAUGAGCUUAUCAUACGCUGCCGUUGAAGUUCCAAAUUCGAAGGAUAAGGAUGAGAAUCUUAAAAAGAAUAUGAAAAUCUGAGGGUACUGUCAUCAGCGAAACAAUUUAGCGGGUUCGAAGAUUCAGACAAAAGGUCAUUUAUAAAAAUAAGGAAGAGCGUCGGAGACAAAACGGAGCCCUGGGGCACACCAGUGUUUGUGAAUAUCAGAUUUGAACCCGUGCAACACUGCUUGAAUUGAACGGUCCGAAAGGUAAUUUCUAACCUAACGAAGAAGGGAUUCAUCUAUACCAAAAGCACGCAUUUUCGAUAAGAAAGCUUGGUACCAAACUCUAUCAAAUGCUUUUGAAAUAUCAAGUGCAAUAAUAUUACUUUCUCCAAAACGAUGCAAAGUUUUAUUAUUAUUUAUGAGGUGAACCAUGUGAUCACCAGUGGAACUAUUGCAACGGAAGCUCUACUGCCGGUCAUUAAGAAGCUUCCGUUCUUCAAGAUAUUUCUUAAGCUGAUAAUUAAUCAGCGUUUCCAUGACCUUAGAAAGAAGAGAUGUAAGUGCAGUUGGACGAUAGUUAGAGGGGGAGGAUGAUUCGCCUUUUUUAGGGACAGGCUGUACAAAUGCUGUUUUCCAUACACUCGGGAAGAGACCUGUAGAAUAGGACAGAUGGAAAAGCUUACGCAGUGGUUUUGCCACCUCUUCAGAACAAUAGGGGGAAUACUAUCCGGGCACUAUUUGUGUAUGUCAAGGUCUCUCAGUACUCUUGCAAAUGCACGAGUGCGAAAGAAUUUUCGUCCCAUAGAAUCGUUUACGCUCUCAAGAACAGUAGGACUCAUGACACUCUCCGGUAGCGUCGAAUUAACAGCAAACUGUGCUGCAAGCAAAUUGGCUUUAUCAAUCGAGCUCACAUAGGGAGUGUCAUUGUGGACAAGCGUUGGAACCGAGGAUGACAUGGUGUUUCGUACGUUUUUUACAAGAUGUUUGCUGUUGCAGGGGGAACAUAUCUGACUUUAAAAGCCCUCCUUAACUUAGAUUGGGGAAAAUUCCAUUAGGGCUUUACACUUUAUGAUGGUGACGUUACGUACUCUACUUCCAAAUCU